GUGUGGCAGAAAUGACCAUUUUCAUGAUAUAACGUACCAUAGUCUUGGUACAGCUGACCAUUUUCAUGGUACACAGUACCAUAGCCGUGGUACCAAUCACCAUUUUCGUGAUACAACGUACCAUAGUCGUGGUACAUAUCACCAUUCUUGUGGUACAAAGUACCAUAGUCAUGGUACAAGUGACCAUUGUUAUGGUACAAAGAUCCAUACUUGUGGUACAAAUCACCAUUUUUGUGGUAGAACGUACCAAAGUGGUGGUACAAUGUACCAUAGUCUUGGUACAACUGAUCAUAUGGAUGGUACAAAGUACCAUAGUCGUGUUACAAGUGAACAUUUUCAUGGUACAGAGUACCAUAGUCGUGGUAGAAAUUACAGGUACCAUAUUCAUGGUACAAAUGACGGUUCUAAUGGGACAAAUGGCGACAGCUUUGAUACAAAUGAUCAUAGUGAUCGUACAAAUGACCACAGCCUUGGUACAAGUGGCCAAAAUCGUGGUACAAAUGACUGA